AAAAAUUACAGAAUCAUUAUUUAUUCCCAGAAUUUCAACCAAUAGGUUGCAAGCAAAUUUAAGUGAUUAAUGUGGUAACUCUGCGUUGUAACUUCUUUUUUCAGUCGGUUAAACAAACGUGUACAUUGCUGUGAUAAACAAAAUUAUAAAUCGCAGCUAUGGUGCGUAUGAACGUUCUCAGCGAUGCUCUCAAAUCCAUUAACAAUGCUGAAAAACGUGGAAAAAGGCAAGUGCUACUGAGGCCUUGUUCAAAAGUAAUCAUUAAAUUUUUAACUGUAAUGAUGAGGAAAGGAUAUAUUGGAGAAUUUGAAAUUGUUGAUGAUCACCGCAGUGGUAAAGUUGUAGUAAAUCUUAGUGGAAGGUUAAAUAAAUGUGGUGUAAUUUCUCCUAGAUUUGAUGUUCCAAUUAAUGACAUUGAAAAAUGGACUAAUAAUCUGUUGCCAUCUCGACAAUUUGGAUAUGUUGUUUUAACUACAAGUGGAGGAAUUAUGGAUCAUGAAGAGGCUAGAAGAAAACAUCUUGGAGGAAAAAUACUUGGAUUUUUCUUUUAAUGCUUAUUUAAUUCAAUAAAAACUUCUUAAUAUCAAAUA